AUGGGUAAGAGAAGUAUUUUGAAACGUUUCUCCCGCAUUGCUGGAAGAAUCGGCAAGGCAACCGAAAAGAAGGCCCUUUCAUGGGAAAACUCUUUUGCUGCUUCCAUGAAUAAUUUGGCCGGAGAACAACACGUGAAAGAAUUGAGUUCUCUUGAUUUUGAAGAAGUAGUAAAAGCACAACGGGAAGCAAGAAGUAGAUACUUCAAGAUCACCGCUGCUGCUCUCCCACACAAGAUCACCCAAUUAAAGAAGGAAUAUUGUUAUUUCCAACAACGAAUUACUCAGCCAGGUGAAAUCACUGUUGGUGAGUUUGCAGUGUUUAUGGGAGCUUUAAUUGCAGGAUAUAUUAUGUACCGUGGUGGUGAAAUUAUUGGCCGUGCAGACAUCUUUGGAUAUAAAUACGAACAUCUUUCAAAGUAA